CUAGACCCACCGUUUAAUUUCUUAAUUAUCCCCACACUGUUGAUACCUUUGCAAGCAAAUUAACCCAUUACACAUUUACACAAUUAACACACAUGAGAAGUUAAUUAACCAAUAUAUGAACUACGUUUUGUCACUGUCCUUAGCCCCUUCCUUAUAUAUAUAUUCGCUAGCCCCCCACCAAGCAUAAACCCCGUGUACCAAACGCCUAAUUGGGAAAAAAAAAUUAAAAAUAAAAAUAAAAAAUGGAGUGGACUCUCAACUCACUCAAUCCACUCACCAUCUCUCUCCUAACCGGCCUCUUCCUCCUCGCCGUAACCCUCCUCCGGCCAAAACCCCCGAGCAAGACACCCCCCGGCCCCAAGGGCAUCCCCAUCCUCGGUAAUCUCCACCAGCUGGGCGACCUCCCCCACGCCACCAUGCACCGCUGGCGCUCGGCCCACGGCCCCGUCAUCUGGCUCAAGCUCGGCUCCGUCUACACCAUGGUCGUCCAGAGCUCGUCCGCUGCCUCCGAGCUCUUCAAGAAGCACGACCUCCCCUUCGCCGACCGCAAGGUCCCCGACGUCCUCACCGCCUACGACUUCAACGCCGGCACCCUCGGCAUGAACCAGUUCGGCGGCCACUGGCGCGUCCUCCGCCGCCUCUGCUCCAUGGAGUUCCUCGUCAACAAGCGCAUGAACGAGACCUCCGACCUCCGACACCGCAUCCGCGACAACAUGGAGCGAUGGAUCGUCGAGGAGUCGGCCGCUAACCGGGCCAAGGGAGGCACGGGGGCCGUCCAGCUCAGCAGGUUCCUCUUCCUGAUGGCCUUCAAUCUCGUCGGGAACUUGAUGCUGUCGAGGGACUUGCUGGAUGCCAAGGACCCGGAGUCGAGGCAGUUCUUUGACUGCAUGAACCGGGUGCUCGAGCUGGCUGGGACGCCUAAUAUAGCCGAUUAUCUGUCGUGGCUCAAGUGGAUGGACCCGGCCGGGAUGAAGCGGGAGAUGAAGAGGAAUUUGAAGAUUACGAUGAGGAUUGCGUCGAGGUUUAUACAGGAGAGGCUGGAUGAGCGCAAGGCAGGGAAGAUUCGGGAGAAGAAGGAUUUCCUUGACGUGCUGCUCGAGUACGAGGGGGAUGGAAAGGAUGGGCCAGAUAGGAUGUCUGAGAAGAAUAUCAAUAUCGUCAUCACGGAAAUGUUCUUUGCGGGAUCUGAGACGACGAGCAUCAGCAUCGAGUGGGGGUUCGCGGAGCUCCUUCGAAGCCCAGCCACAUUCAAGAAGGUCCGGGAGGAGCUAGACCGGAUCGUGGGCGUUGACCGGCGGGUUGAGGAGAAAGACAUCGAGAAUAUGCCUUACCUGCAAGCGGUCGUUAAGGAGGCCCUCCGCCUCCACCCAGUGCUGCCCCUGCUACUCCCGAGGAACACGCAGGAAGCCACCGACUAUAUGGGCUACCACAUCCCUAAGGGCACCCAGGUGUUCGUCAACGCGUGGUCCAUAGGGCGUGACCCGGAGGUCUGGCCCGACCCGCUCGAGUUCAGGCCCGAGAGGUUCCUCGGAUCCAACAUCGAGUACAAGGGGCAGCACUUUGAGUUGAUCCCGUUCGGGUCGGGCCGGAGGAUCUGCGUUGGGUUCCCGCUGGCCCACCGCACGGUCCACCUGGCGAUCGCAACUCUGGUUCAGUCGUUUGAUUGGGAUCUCGGGCCGGGCGUCAAGCCCGGGGAUAUCGACAGGGAGGAGAGGCUUGGGCUGACCCUGAGGAAGAAGAAUCCCCUGUUUGUGAUACCGACCAAGCGCAUAAAUUGUUGAAUCAAAGGAUAAAUUUUAGACAUGUGAUUGUCCUGGGAACUGCGAUUUUAUGUGGUAUUGUCGUGUUUUAUGUAUUUUCAUAAUUUUAUUAUACUUAUGCAUUGUGUCAUCUUUUUUUUUUUUUUUNCUGAUUUUAGUUCUUCGCCAGGUUAUUAUUAUCUUGGUUAAAAUUUUACUC